CGAUCUUCUGGGCAAAUUUGUCAACAGAUAACCUAAAAUCAAUGCGAUUAUACUGACGCAAGAUUCUAGAAUAACAACUCAAGACUAAUAAAAUCAAUGAUAUUAGAGUGGACUCUUAUGGAGCGGCAAGCAUCAGGGGAAAUUAAGGAACAAUUAUCUUUAAAAUAAGGAUAGCUAUGAUCUAGUCAAACCUCUAUAAAUUACUGGUUUGUUAUCUUUAUAAUAAGAAUGGUGGGGCUAAAAAUACGCGGACGUGAGGGAUAAACGAUUGGUGUUCUAGAAUCUAUAGUGUGUUUGAAAACUGGGGUGAUGGAAACCGGCCGGGGUCGGUCCGGUCGUCGAAGAACGGUCCCUGUAGAUGUGUUUGUCGUGCGUAAUUACCUGGGCUUGCAUGUUUUUCUAUAUAUCUAGUGCUGUAAAGCAGUGCUGAACACCCUUUUCUAAGUUUUCCGAGCACAAAAAUCCUGCUUUUGUGUUUUAGUUUUCUGUACAGCACCGAUUUCUAAGCGGCCUUGUAGGGAAUAGCUGAUAUGGCGGCAGAGCUGGUUGCAGGGGAGACGCACAAUGAUGUCACAUAUGAAGAGGAAUUCAUUGUCAAUUCUCGAGGAUUAAAGCUGUUCACAUGCAGAUGGCUACCUGCAAAUCGGGAAGCCAAGGCUCUUAUAUGUCUCUGCCAUGGCUAUGGCAUGGAGUGCAGCAUAUUCAUGCAAGACACGGCAAUGAGGCUUGCCAAGGCCGGAUAUGCAGUGUUUGGCAUAGAUUGUGAAGGGCAUGGAAAGUCUGCCGGAUUGCAUGGUUACGUGAAAAGUUUCCAAGAUCUUGCAAAUGACUGUGCAACUUUCUUCAAGAGCGUUGCUGAGAAAGAAGAGUAUAAAAAGAAAGCAAGGUUCUUGUAUGGAGAAUCCAUGGGUGGAGCCGUUGCUCUUCUCAUACAUAGAAAACAGCCUGGAUUUUGGAGCGGUGCAGUGCUCGUUGCACCUAUGUGUAAGAUAGCAGAUGAAAUGAAGCCUCAUCCCCUGGUUAUCAGCAUAUUAAACAAGCUGAGUUAUGUUAUUCCUACGUGGAAGAUAGUGCCUACACAGGACAUUUUAUCCAUUGCAUUUAAGGACCCCGAGAAGAGGCAACAGAUUCGUGCAAAUCCAUAUGCUUAUCAAGGAAAACCACGUUUGAAGACCGGAUACGAGCUCCUGAUGACAAGUAUUGAUAUAGAGAAACGGCUUGACGAGGUUACUCUUCCAUUCCUGAUUGUCCAUGGAGAAGAUGACAAAGUGACCGAUCCCUCUGUGAGCCAAUUGCUGCAUGAUUCAGCCAGGAGCCUGGAUAAGACUUUGAAGCUGUACCCUGAUAUGUGGCAUGGCUUGACCUGUGCUGAGCCCCCUGAACAUAUUGAGUUGGUGUUCUCAGACAUCAUUUCAUGGCUUGACAAGAGAAGCCCAGCUGGGUGCCCCGAUGAAAACAGUUUCAUUAAGAAAUCCAAUGAUAAACACGAGGGAGUUUCAAUGAUUGCUGAAAUCGAAAGAAAGUUUGCCAAUGACAAGAUUCCUUCUUCCGAAAGAUAAGCUGAAAGAAAAGGGGAUCCCUUAAAUUUAUUGUACGAGUGAUCCCCAAGAGAAAAGACUAUAAUCAAUUAAAAAACAUGGACGGCAGGAGUUCAGUUGAUGACAAAAUGGAAUCUGUUUGGAGGUCAGUUGAAAUGAUCAGACAAGCCUGCUGUUCAUUUAAAUAGCCAAGUCAGCGCUUCUAGAGUGUUAGCGUGCUGUGGUGUAUAUGAAAAGGUCAAAUCACGUGGGACAUGAGUUCCGUGUUGCUUUACUAGUAUUUCUUAAAUGUUGGGUCCCCCAAUAGUCUACGUCGUACGUACGUAACGCGGGGCAUUACAUAAAGAUUUGUUUAUUAUACUAUAGAAAUAAAAGAAUUCUAUUGUUUUGAUGGAUA